AUGGAUACUAAUCCUAUUGUAAAUAUUCAUAAUGACGCAUCAUCAUCAUCAUCAUCUCCAAUAUUGCAUAAAGAACAAACAUUAAAUGAAAUAUUCGGAGUUAUUCAAAAUGAUGAAUCAAGUAUUGGGGUGAAUUUUCUUAAAUUUAUGAACUUUUUUCAAAGAACUGAACAAUUUCAUCCUCUCUCCGAUCAAGAAAAACACUCUGGUAAAUUUAAAAAGAUUGCACUUUCAAUUAUUUAUCACAUUCUUGAUAGAGAAUUAAUUUAUUCUACAAAUCAAUCACCAAUUCUUAAAUUAUUUGAUUUAUCACCAUCUGAAAUAUUGAGAAUGAAUAAUUUAAUGAAUACUACAAGAGAAAUAGUUUUAAAAUUAUCUGAUUCAAUUAUUUCACAACAUUUAAUUAGAAUUGAACCAUUAGAGGAUGAUAAUGAUGAAUUUUCACUUCCACUUAAACAAUUUGUUGAAAAACAAAUGUUAAGAUUGAAAGAUUUUCUCAUUCAAAUUGUUAAAAUUUACAAAACUAGAAAAUAUAAUUUGAAAGAAUUAGGGUAUGAUAAAGAAGGUAACAAGCAACCACUCAAAUAUAUUGUAAUUGGUUCUGGUCCAAUUGGUUUAUUAAGUGCCAUAGAAGCAUCUUUACUCUUACCUAAAUUAUAUAUUAUUGAAAAGAGAACAAAUUAUUCAAGAGAUGUUUGGUUUGAUUUGUAUCCUAAACCAUUUAGUCAAUCAGUUGAAUUAUUGGACGAAUUAGCUUUUUCAACAGAAUUUCCAAACUUGGAAAUUAAAAUUAGUUCAGUUGCAGAUUCUGAUGGAGAUGAAAGAAGAACCUAUACUGUCAGAUGCCAAAUUACUCAAAGAUUUUUAUCAAAGGUUAUUUAUUUAUUAGAUAAUGUAGAAUUUAUAUUUGGAUCUCAAUAUAUUAGUCAAUGUAAAGUGAAAAUACCAAAAGUAACCAAUCCAAAUUCAUACUCUCAUAAUUCAAUUCUUGAGAACAGAUGGAAGGAUAUCGGAUUUAAACUGAACUCAGAAAGUGAAUAUCAAGUUGCUCUAUUUUAUCAUGGUAAAUCAAAAGAAUGUUACUCCCAUAUUGAUUAUAUGAGUUUCAAUGAAACACAAGAUUUAUGUUCUCAAUUUGGACAAGAAUCAUUCUUAAAUUCUAAAUGUAAAGUUGAGAGAAUACCAUUUGAUAUUCUUAUUGGAAGUGAUGGUUUAUAUAGUACUGUAAGAAGUUCACUCAAUAUUACUACCAGAGAUAUUCAUUCUUUUGAUGUUUCGAAUACGCUUUAUGCUCAAACUUUAUCAAGGGAUCAAAUUCCAAAAAUUACUGUAAAACCAAGACUUGAACAAGUUGCUCUCAUAAUUAAUUUUAAGAGAACUGCUGAUAAUGACUGUCCAGAUACUGCCAUUGAUGAAGAUACAGGUGAAUUUAUUGAUCCUUGGAAACCAAGUUUGUUAUUAGACAAUGUUUGUAGUGUUUUCAAGAGAUUUUAUGCUGGCCAUUGUCACAUGCAAAUUCUAUUUGAUAAUAAUUAUGGUCAAAAGGCAAUUGAAAAAUACAUGCAUGCAAGAAGAAAUGCACUGAAACAAUUAUUGGACAAGAAUAAGGAAGGAUCAGUAGUCAAUUCUGUUAUUUUAGAAACUGAGGCCAAGGAAAUUAGAAGUGCUGCUUUUGCAGAUGCUUCAAGAGAUUCAUCUUAUGAUGACUCCUCUAAUGGUGAUACAAAGAGAGUGAUUCCAAAUUGGGAGGAAGAUGCUUUUGAUUGGAUCAAGAUUAUGUCAAUUGUUAAUACUGUUCUUGCUGAACCUUACAAGAAUGUGAAUGAUUUUAGAGAGGCAAUUGUUAAUUCUGAUACAUUUACUGGGGAUAAACAAUUGGAGAAAAAGUAUGAUAUGGUUCUAUUGAGAGUUGUAUUACAAAAAGCAGAGAAUUUGACAAGAGUAAUUCAAUUGGACAAUCCAACCAAUCCGUAUGCAAUUAAUAUUCUCAAAGGUGAUUCAGUUGCAAGUGCUCAUUUUCGUCUUGGUGUUGGUGUUAAUAAUGCCUUUCUAGCUUUUGGUGAAAUUACAACCUUAAUUCGUAAUUUGGUUUUACUUGGACAAGAUCAAAAUGUUGCUACUUCAUCUAUCACAAAGGACAAUCUUGAGAAGAGUAUGGAAAUUUAUGAAGAAAAAGCACAAUUCAGAUGGAAUCGCCUUAUUAACUAUAUGGCUACAGCAAUGUAUUUUGAAUCGUUUUGUAAUACUGUGGUGUUCAUUGACCCUGGAGAAUAUUUCGGAAUUCAAACCAUUCAACAGAAGGAUUAUGAUUCUCUCGACUACAUUCCUUUUGAAAAUUUAUAUCAGGUCAAAAGAUUUUGUCAAGCACAAGAUAAACAAUCAUUGUGGUGGAAUUAAUUAUGGAGAGGACAACAUGAUGGUCGGGAAAACAUUACCUGCUUAUUUCACCUCCUUCAUUGUCGCCGACAGAAUGUUUCCCCAUAAGACAUUUCAUCAUAAUAUAAUAAGGACAGUGAUACUAUCAGACACUACCAAAUAAACAACAAUAAUUUAGUUAG